AGGAAGCCCACAUUUGAAGGGAACCCCACAUUAUAAGGAAGAACAAUGUGCUCCUUCAUUAAAUCUAGAAAUGAAGAAAGUGCUGGACUUGCAAGCCUCUAUCACAAGUUUGCAGUCCAUGUUAGAGGAUCUACUUGUUGCUACUGCUGAUGGAUUUCUCCACCUUGUUCACUGGGACGGUAUGACCAAUGGGAGGAAGGCCAUCAACCUAUGUACAGUUCCAUUUUCUGUGGACCUGCAGUCUUCUCGAGGUUCAUUUUUGGGCUUUGAAGAUGUUUACAUCAGAGAUAUGGAAUACUGUGCCACACUUGAUGGUUUUGCUGUUGUUUUUAAUGAUGGCAGAAUUGGUUUCAUUACACCAAUGUCAAGUAGAUUCACUGCUGAGCAGCUCCAUGGUGUUUGGGCACAAGAUGUGAUUGAUGGAACUUGUGUGGCAGUAAAUAACAAAUACAGGCUAAUGGCAUUUGGAUGUGCCAACGGCUCUGUGCAGGUUUAUACGAUAGAUACCACCACUGGCGCCAUGCAGUUUUCUCAUAAAUUGGAGCUGACACCAAAACAAUAUCCUGAUAUUUGGAAUAAAACCGGACCUGUUCAACUAAUCAGAUGGUCACCUGAUAGCUGUGUUGUGAUGGUGACUUGGGAAUGUGGAGGCUUGUCCUUGUGGAGUGUUUUUGGUGCUCAGCUUAUCUGUACUUUAGGAGGUGAUUUUGCGUAUCAGUCUGAUGGUGCCAAAAAGGACCCUCUAAAGAUCAAUUCUAUGACCUGGGGAUCAGAAGGGUAUCAUCUGUGGGUUAUUGAUGGGAAUUCUUCUUCAAACAUGAAGCCUGAAAGAGGUGCAAAUAAUGAAGCUCGCCAGUUCGGUAUUCUGCAGUUUCAUUUCAUCAAGAGUGCGCUCACUGUUAAUCCUUGCAUGAGUAACCAGGAACAAGUCCUCCUUCAAGGAGAAGAUCGCUUGUAUUUGAACUGUGGAGAUGCAACACAGGCUCAGAGUCCCAGAAAUACUUCAGCACACUCUGAACAUAUUUUAGGCCCAUUUUCAGAUGGCAGUUUAGAUUCUCAGGGUUUAAGCACUUUACUAGGACACAGGCAUUGGCAUGUUGUACAGAUUCACAGUACAUAUCUAGAAAGCAACUGGCCUAUAAGGUUUUCAGCUAUUGACAAGCUCGGGCAGAAUGUAGCUGUUGUUGGCAAAUUUGGUUUUGCACAUUAUUCUUUACUCACCAAAAAAUGGAAGCUGUUUGGAAACAUUACCCAG